CGCUACUAGUUAACAUCGGACGGGGCUUUCCUGGGAACACCGCAAACUAACUUCGCAAGCGGCAGUAAUGACCAACAUGACGCCAGAGGAAAAGUACGACCUGAUAACCCGGAACUUGCAGGAGACCUUGGGCGGGGACCAGGUCAAGAAGAUUCUUGCGGAGAGGGAUCUCAAGAUCUACUGGGGGACGGCGCCGACAGGGAGGCCCCAUAUUGGUUACUAUGUGCCAAUGUCCAAAAUCGCUGAUUUUUUGAAGGCGGGUUGUCAUGUGACAAUUCUGGUAGCAAAUCUGCACGCGUACCUUGACAACAUGAAAGCACCCUGGGAGCAACUGGAGCUUCGCACAAAAUACUACGAGCACACAAUAAAAGCAAUGCUCCGGUCCAUCGGCGUAUCCAUCGAAAAGCUCGAAUUCGUCACAGGCACAGAUUACCAACUCAGCCGCGAAUACACCCUGGACGCCUACAAACUCCUUGCCCUCACCACCGAACACGACGCCAAAAAGGCCGGCGCAGAGGUCGUGAAACAGGUCGAAUCCCCUUACAUGUCCGGCCUCGUCUACCCGCUCCUACAAGCGUUGGACGAAGAGUACCUGAAAGUCGACGCGCAGUUCGGCGGCGUCGACCAGCGCAAGAUAUUCACCUUUGCCGAAAAACACAUGCCUAUUAUCGGCUACAAGAAACGCGCGCAUUUCAUGAACCCGAUGGUCUCUGGCCUCCGCGGGGCCAAAAUGAGCUCGUCGGACCCCGAUUCCAAAGUGGACCUCCUGGACGACGCCAAGACCGUGUCGCGGAAGAUCAAAAAGGCGUUCUGCGAACAGGGCAAUGUGGAAAACAACCCGUUGCUCGAGUUUCUCAAAGUCGUCGUUUUCCCCUCCCGGUCGCUUACAACCCCGGACUACAAAUUCGUCGUCACCCGGUCCGAAAAGUUCGGUGGAGACCUGGUGUUUAACACCUACCAGGAGGUUGAGGACGCGUUCAGGGAGGAGCGGUUGCACCCGUCUGACCUCAAAACAGGUACAGCGGACGCGAUCAACGCCCUGCUGGAACCCAUCAGGGAGGUCUUCAAGAGCGAGGAGCUGACGAAAUUGUCGGCGGACGCUUACGCGCCCUUGAAAGUGGAGGGCGCGGCGGGGGAUGAGGAUAAGGCGGCGAAGAAGAAGGCGGAGAAGGAGAAGAAGGCGGCGGCGGCGAUUGCGUUCAAGGCGAAGAAGGCCGCGGAGGAGGCGGAGAAGGCUGCUAGUGUGGGUGCGACUGCGACGAAUUGAGGUGGAACGCUGCUGCUCUGGGAAGUCAUCCCUGCCAUCCCAUAUCCCACCUGCACGCCCCGAUUCCCUUUCACCUUUGUAUAUUCAUAUCUACAUACUACGUAUUCUUGAUCGCUCCAACUCGGGAGCGGAAAUCUCCAUGACUUGCGAAAGUGUUCUUUCCGUUCGUUUCGGCCUGAGAAUCAGA